CAGGGUCCGGGGAGACCAGAUAUAGUGAAUGCAGGGUCCGGGGAGACCAGAUAUAGUGAAUGCAGGGUCCGGGGAGACCAGAUAUAGUGAAUGCAGGGUCCAGGGAGACCGGAUAUAGUGAAUGCAGGGUCUGGGGAGACCGGAUAUAGUGAAUGCAGGGUUCGGGGAGACCGGAUAUAGUGAAUGCAGGGGUCCGGGGAGACCGGAUAGAGUGAAUGCAGGGUCCGGGAAGACCAGAUAUAGGGAAUGCAGGGUCCGGGAAGACCGGAUAUAGUGAAUGCAGGGUCCGGGAAGACCGGAUAUAGUGAAUGCAGGGUCCGGGGAGACCGGAUUUAGUGAAUGCAGGGUCCGGGGA